CCUUGGGGAUUUCGGGUAAUUCGCCGUCGUCUGUUUUCUCACAGAAAAACCCCAAAGCUUAAACCUAUAGAGAGAGAGAGAGAGAAACGCAGAGAGGACCAUGCGUUCGUUGCGAAGUGUAAGAGCGCUCUACGGGAGAUCUCCUUCCUUCUCUCUCUCCAGUUCCAGCCAUCACGAUGGGCAUCUCUCGACUCUGCCGCAGUCGCGCUCGAUCUCCUCCACGGCGCGGCUUCAGGAUUCAUGGAUGGACAAGAUCAAAGGAGUCUUCACCGGGAAGAAGACUUCUCCAGAAGAAGCCGAGGCCACCGCCGAAUCGUUCACGCUUCUUCGGUUUGCCGACAAGAUGAAGGAUGCGACGAGGUUGGGAACCUUCAAGAAUUACAUGGUCGGGCGAAGCAGUGAAGCGACAUUUGUGGAUGCUUUCAAGAAGCAGGAAGCGAUUCUCCGGUAUCUAGGAGGUUUGGACCCUUCUGGAGAGCAUCUCCAAACUAAACAAAAACAAGAAGCAGCAAAGAAUUGCAACUGCACAAUAGCCGAUGUAGAGAAUGCACUUGCAAAAUUCACUUGGGCAAAGGAAGCAGAAAAGAAGCUGAUCCAGAUGAAGGAAGAAGGAAAACCAGUACCGAAGAGCCUUGCUGAGGUUCAAAAACUAAUGGGGUCAACACCAUUAGAUAUAGCUAGGUCUAAUCUGGCUAAGAGUGGACAGAUAAGCCGGAAUGCAAUGUGCCCAUGUGGUUCUAAGAAGAGAUACAAAAGGUGUUGUGGAAAGGAUUGAAGAAAUUCAAGAACUAAAGAGUAUUUUCACCCUGUCCUCAAUUUUUAGGAUUCUCAGAGUUUCUUGCUGCCUAUUUUGUUGGGAUUAACUUAUGCUGAUUCUGCAAUCUGGGAAAAAGCUUGGUAAUUUAGGGGCCUGGGUUCUAACAAACUGAGAAGGUGUAUGGCCACACUAACAUGCUGCAUGUACUAAAGAACAAGUCCACAUCAAUUAGAUCAUGGUUGAGUCAAUCGGCAUCGUGUAGAACCAAUGCACCAAUUUGUUUGUUUCCCCUCCAUAGCUCUUUUUGAGGCAAGAGUCUGGAUGCGCUUAGCUGAGUAACCAUGUCGAGGUUGAGGCGAUUUGCUUUGCUAGUUUUAUUCAUGACCACAAUGGAAUGUUCUUUCCAAGUCCUGAAUAAUUGACAUGGCUGUAUUUCAGCUUUUGGACUGAACUGGUUUCACAUGAUGUUCUAUUUCAGCAUUAUCGCUCUAUUUAUUGACA